AUGUUUACAACUAUUUAUCAAUGAAAAAUUAUUAAUGUGUUAAAACUUUCACGAGUCAUAUAAGUUGGAGUCAUAGGUCAUUAAAUUUUAUAAGUUACUUUCAAUGGAAAAAUAUCAUCUGCCGUGUCUAAUGCUGUUACGAUUGCACUACAAGGAUCAAUGCUGAUAAAAAUAAUAAAUUUUAAGCUCUUUAUUUUACUAAUCCAUGAAUGCAACAAUCCAUGACAAACUGGCCAGAGAUUCUCUUUAUUGAUGGUACCUACAAGCUAUUCAACUUAGGAUUUACACUAUAUUUAAUUAUUGUGCAAAAUGGAAACGGAAGAGGCGAAAUCGCCGGAGCUGCUAUUGUUGCAUCAGAAUCGUCCAGUAAUUUGAAAUGGAUUGCGAAAAAUUUUCGAGAUACUAACGCUGAAGCUUGCCAUAAAACAAAAUGCAUCAUGACGGAUAAAAAUUUAACAGAAAGAAGUACUUUUGCAAGUAUUUUCCCAGAUGUUAAAUUUUUACUCUGCCUAUUUCAUACCUUGAAGACCUUUGAUAGACAAUUAAAAGCUAUGAAACUAACGCGCGAAGACCGAUGUGCUUGUUUUGAAUUGUUGCGACAAUUAGCAUAUGCCAAAAAUGAAAGUCGCUAUGAUAAAUUUACCAAAAUAUCAUUGAUGUAGCACCAAACGCUGUCAUUGAUUAUUUCAAUAUCAAUUGGCAUCUCAUACGAGAUGAGUGGACCUUGUACGGUAUGGCGGAAACUAACUACGGAAGUGCAACAAAUAAUUUGGUAGAAAGUACCAAUAAACAAAUAAAAACUUUGUGUGAUUACAAUGGUAGCUUGUGUAAAUUUGGAAUAAAUUUUUUUGCCUUAAUACAAUCGUCCAGACAGGAAACCAACUUAUUAGCUGCAAUAGAUGGUCUAAAACAAUUAAACAUCGAGAAUGAUUUGGGUAACUUUGUCAACGAGUACGCCUCUUUUUUAACUAAGCUGGCUUUCGAUAAAUUUAGAAACGAAUUAAAAAAGUAUGGCAAAAUAAGUAUUACUGAAAGUUGUAGCAAAUCAAAAGUUGGCAAAAUGAUAAUUAAUGGUUACCCCUACACGUCUUCAGUAUCUGGUUGUGUAUGUUACUUCCGGCAAAGUUGGAAGUUGCCGUAUGUUCAUAUUUUAACAGUGCGGAAAUAUUUUAAUUUAGACCUAUUUUGUCCUGAAUUAUGCGAAGCAAAGUGGGUGAAAAAAAUCAAUCUAGAAAAUAUUGAUUUAGGUUCAACUUUUUUUAUUGAUGUAGAAGCCAAUACUAUCGUAAAUGAAACAUUUAUGCAUGACGAUUCAUCUAUAUUUGACUUGAAAGAAUAUUUAGAACAUGAAAGAGUAAUUAUUGCUCAAAGACACUGUCAAGAAAUUGCUGGUAUUAUUACAAAAUCAAAUGAUUCAGAUUUUAUUGCCCAAUGUAGAAUUUUAGAAACCUUGAAGUCAAUGUGGAGUCGGGGUUGUCCUGCGAAAUUAGUGAUUGAAGAAAAUCAGAACAGUUGUGGCUCAUCCAAUAAACCUAAAUUAAAAAUUAAUGAUAAUGAAGAAAAUGAUGAAAACUGUACAAAUAUAAUAUUACCAUCACCAAUGUAA